AACAAGAUAAUUUCUCAAAAGAAGUUUUUAUGCUUACAACAAAUGAAAAUGAUGAUGAAGAAAUAGAAUGGUAUGUUUCUUUAGAAAACAGUGAAACUUCAUCAGAAUGUUCACAAGAAGAAAUAAACUUGAAGGAAGAAUUGAUGUCACAAUUUUCCCAU